UGUGUGUGUGUUUGUUUGUGAGUGUGUGUGUGUGUGUUUGUUUGUGUGUGUAUGCAUAUCUGUACGCCUAUAUUUAUGUAUGCGAGACUAUUUGUAUGUCUGUAUACUUAUGUACACAUAAGCGCCCAUGCGUGUGUUUUAACCAGGCUACAACCAAAGUUUAUAUUAGUUGGCUAUAACCCACAGAUUUCCACGGAUUCUGACACUCCUGCUCUCCCACUCAGGAUCACCGACAUCGGGGCAAAAAUGAGUGGAAGGUUACUCAUUUUAUUAAGGCUAAAAUAAAUCAAAAUCUCGAACAAAAUCACUAAAUCUAUAGAGACACAUUAAAAUACCACUAUUACAAUAAUAUGUUACAUCCCUUGACUUGAGGCAAUUUUGUUAAAUUAUAUAUCACAAAUUUUGUAAAAAAAAAAAAAAAAAAAAAAAAAAAAAACAGUUGCUAAUCAACAUUAUUACGGAAACUAAUGUUCCCUUGAAAGUAUUAGUCUACUUCAACUGUAUAUCUAACCUCACUCAUUUGUGUUUCAGCUAUGACAAAACCAGUGCGGAAGGGCUACUUAACGAGAUAUAAAAAGCGAUUCCUAGGGUCCAACUGGCGAGAGGAGUGGCUGGUUCUGCACGAGGACUCCAGCCUCGAGUGGUACAAGGAGCACGAUGAGGCCGACCUUCUGGGAGCGAUCGUCCUCAAGGAGGCGCCGGAGAUGAUCGCAGCCGGGCCCUUCGCGCUGUACGUUCCGGGCCGGCCCGAGCUGCCCAAGAACGCCGAUCCAAAUAAUAUCAUGGUCUUCGGCAAUAAAACCAAGGACAAGACUCACUGGUUCCUCUGCAAAAAUGCUGAUGAACUAAACCAAUGGAUGACUGCCAUCAGCAAUACGCUCCCGCCGCCGCCGGACCCGCCCAAGGCAGCCACGGACGCCGACAAGGGCGAGCCGCCGCCGUAUGGCUCCGCGCCCUCUGCCCCUCCGGAGCCCUACAUCCCUGCUGGUGUGGCUACGAGCGGCGGCGGCGGCGGAGGAGGAGGAGGAAGAGGGUACCCAAGAGCAGGCUACGGAGGCGGAGGCUACGGAGGCGGAGGCUACGGAGGCGGAGGCUAUGGUCAAGCCCGAGGUGGAGGUGGCUAUGGAGGAGGAGGCUACGGACGCGGUGGUUACGGAGGGCAAAAUACCGUCAUUAUAGACCGAGGGAACGACGGGGUGGGCAACUUCGCAACGGGCCUCAUGCUUGGAUCAGCGAUGGGCGGCUGGGGGCAUGGUUGGGGCUUCGGCUACGGCUUCGGGGUUCCCAUGCACAUGGGCUUCGGCUUCCACGGCGCAGGCUUCCACAACCAGGAAACCAACAUCACCAAUAACUACAAUAUCACCAACAAUGAGACGGUGAACAACGAGGCCGGAGCGGAGCCGGUGGACGCGCCGACAGGCGAUCACGGGGGCGUGGAGCCCGACGCAGAGAUGAUCCCUGAAGGAGGGGACUAUGGGGGCGUAGACCCCGGCUUCCUGGAGGAAGAAGGUGUGGACCCUGGGCUCCUGGAGGACGCAGGCAUUGAUCCCGGACUCAUGGACGACGGAGGGUUUGAAAUGGGCGGCAUAGACGACAUGGGCGGAGACUUCGACGGCGGCUUCGACGGCGGUGGGUUCGACAUGGACAUGGGGGACUUUGACAUGGGAUUCUAAUCUCUCGGGUUCUCUGGAUUACACAGCUGAAAACACCAGUGUGCUUUAUUAAGAUAAACAUUCUCAGUUGUAGCUUUCUAAAAUAAUUUCAACAAAGUCUUUGAAUAAUCGGAUUAUUUUGAUAUAUAUAUAUAUAUACAUAUACAUACAUACAUUUAUAUACAUACGUACAUAUAUAUACACAUAUAUUUUUAUGUGUAUAUAUAUACAUAUGUAUUCAUUUUUGUAUAUAUAAACAUAUGUAUUUUUUGUAUAUAUACACAUAUGUAUUUUUUUCAUAUAUACACACAUGUAUUUUUUUCAUAUAUACACAUAUGUAUUUUUUUCAUAUAUACACAUAUGUAUUUUUUCAUAUAUACACAUAUGUAUUUUUUUCAUAUAUACACAUAUGUAUUUUUUCAUAUAUACACAUAUGUAUUUUUUGUAUAUAUACACAUAUGUAUAUGAUUUAACCCAAUGGUGCCGGGGAAAAUGAACAAAAAAUGGGGAAAAUAUUGUGCCCACUUUCUAUGUUUUUCGUGAAAUGUCUGCCGAUAGAUGGCUCUGCUAGCGCCUGAUUUAAAUGGCGGGAAAAACGUAUUUUUCAAUAGUGCUAUGAAAAUCGAUGGUGUUAUUUUUAUCAUAAACAUUAUAAUUCUUAUGAUUUUUUUAAACAUUAGUAACAGCAAAAUAAGAUUACGUAAAAUAUUUUGUAAAUCAAAGAAACGGGUAAACAGGCAAGACGGGCGGUGCUCGUAACUGGCUCAUUGGGGAGUUAGUACAAGUGUUGCCAUCUAUGCGUAAAAACAAUCAAACAAGUACUCACUGUGGGCAUAGCACGUACGUACACGUCGUACCCGGCACCAAGGGGAUAUAUAUAUAUAUAUAUAUAUAUAUAUAUAUAUAUAUAUAUAUAUGUAUAUACAUAUAUGUACAUAUAUAUGUAUAUAUAUACAAAUACAUACAUACGCAAAUAUAUAUAUGUAUAUUGUAUAUACACACAUUUAUUUCUCUAUUCAUAUUUAUCUGUCUAUACAUCUAUCUAUACAUCUAUAUCUAUGACUGUGCAUCCAUAUAUAUGCAUAUGUGUGUGACUUUGUGUUUGCGUACGUGUGUGAAUGUGCGUUUGCAUGUGUUUGAAGUAUUCUAUUGUUUAUCUAUUAUUAUUCUACUUUGUUACUGUGUGGAAGGAACAUAAAAGCAAAUGAUUAAUGCAAGUAUAACACAAAAAAGUGAUACACUGGAUUGUCUAUCUCAUGUAACACUGUAACUUUGAUAUUAAUAAACGAGUUGGUGAAAAUACACUCGCCUGCAGGGCCGG